CCCCCUAUCCCAAACCUUGCUUUUACCUACCUACCUAUCUACCAUACCUGCUUCUCUACCUACCUUGCCUGCCUUACCUACCUUACCUAGCUUACCUCCCUGCCUCGCCUCUGCCUGCUCGACUGCCUGUGUAUACCAUGUGAGGUCGUGGUAGUGAGCUGUCGGAUAACACAUGCGCUUCGAAUUCCUAUCCGAGGAAUGUUGCCUCUGGGCAAUGUUCGCCCUGUGCUGACCGACGUAUGUCACACCGACAAAAUGCCUAAUCGGUCGGGAGUCGCCCCCAAAUUCGCAGGUGCAUCGUAUAAACCGCCUCAGGCCCAGAUUCUGCUGGCUUUGCCAACCUUAUACCUCGUCGCUAUCGUCAUAAGAGCCAUCCCCCUUUCCCCACCCUCCCCCCUAGACCUGCCCAUGUGGUAGGAGCUUGAAGCUGUGCGACUGGAUUGACCUGGCCUGGGUGGAUAUCGGGUGUAAUGUGCCUGAUGCUACCCUUGCUGCGUUCAUCAUGGUCGUGUGGUGGGAUUCUUGCCGAAUCCAGGCCACUGUCACUCGACAGUUUGUCUGUUCGCACCUCCUACCCGAGGAGAUCGAGCGGCUCGACCGCCCACUAGCCUUUGGCGACGGGCUGACUGACGGAACGUAUUGGGAGUGGAUCGACGAGAAGGCCAAGCGCAUCUUCCUCAUCUUGCUGGACUUGGGUGUGCCCGACCAGGUUUUUGGCCUCGUCGACGACAGCUGGGAUGACGACGACUUGCCCAUCCCGCUCGACCAAAUCGAGCGGCUCGAUCUCACGGCCACCAAGGACGACAAGGUCGAGAAAAAAUUCUACGCUCGCCAGUUUCUCUACCUGCUGAAAUUCGUGGAGAAGGGCGACCACGUAGUCUACGAGGACCCUCAAGUCCCGCCCAUCGACGUCGUGGACAAGCGCGCCGGAUUGAGCCUCAACAGCGUCGUGGACAGGGUCGAGUUGCCAAAUCGGCCGGGUGAGAUCCUGGCUCGGCGCCGUAUCCCAAUCAGGACCGGGCCCGGCGCCCUCACAGAGGAGGAGUUCGCCCGGGAAAUUAGCCAGACGAGGAAUAUCGAAAAUGGCCACCUCGUGUCUUACUUUGCGUCGUAUACUCAUCGCGGCCAGGGCUAUGUCCUCUUCACGCUGCCUAGCGACUUCAGCCUCAAGUCGCUCCUAGUAACAAUGCCGGGAUCGGUGAAGUCGUUGGCAAAGCAAGACCGGCGUAAUAUGCUGAUGAACUGGAUCCACUGCCUCGUCGACACGCUUUGCUACCUUCAUAGCCGCGGUUUAUCUCACGGUAACAUUAAACCGUCGACAAUACUUUUCAACACUGAUAACCACAUCUUCUUUGCGGACACCGGUCGCUUAAGCAUGGAAGCAAUAGGGAACACCUCGGAGAAGCCCACAUUCGACAAGGAAUCUUACGACUACGCUGCCCCUGAACAGUGGUACCGCCCUUCACCUACCCAUUCCGCACCGCACCGAAGGAGUACCCUUGUCGCCUCUUCGCCAUCAACCUCAUCGAAUAACUCUACCUUUUCCGGAACUCGGGGGAGUUCGGACGGCAACCACUCGGGGUCGACGUUUCACCCGCAUACUCCCUCCCUUAACGCCCAGGCUGCCGACAUCUUCUCGCUGGGCUGCGUGAUGCUCGAGAUACUAAGCCUUCUCAUGAAACGCCAGACACGGGCCUUCGCUUCUCACCGAGCCGCAAAACACAAGCAGGCGGGGCGGGGUGGGGCGGUGUUGGAUUCAUCGUUCCACAAGAACCUCGGGCAAGUCGAGUCCUGGAUGGCGGGGCUGGCAAAGGACGCAUCAAAAAAGGAGGACCUGGUGUUCCGGGGCGCCGAGCCGAUGCUGCAAGUAGUGGCGCGGAUGCUGUCGAUGGCGCCACACGAGAGGCCGACCGCGCGAGAGGUGGAGCAGUUCACGUACAGGAUCCUGACGGAGAACUGCCAGAUCACAGAGCCUCACUGCGUCCACCAGUACGGCGGGUGGGACUUCGGGAUGGGCGGCUUGAAUAUCAGCAGAGGAAGCGACGACUUUACUAUCGGGACGACGGCGACAAUGACGGCGGCAACGGCGAUAAGGAGAUAUAGCGGGUCGUCCCGGCAGGGCUCGUACCGGCCAGCCUCGCGCCGGCCGCCGAGCAGCAGCUCCGCCUGGGAGAGAGGCGUUGUUCCCGGCGAGGGCAGCAGCAGCGGUAGUAGCAAUGGCUCCGGCUUCCGUCCCGCGCAAAACACGCGGACGGGCAAGGCGCAAAGCUGGCAGUCUUACAUGUGCGAAGGCAGCGCGAGCAGCAUCGCCGGCGCCGACUCGACGUAGAGAGGAAGGGCAUAGGGUCGCACCCAGGGGACGUGGCAACACAGGCGAGCCGCAGGUAACUCAGAAUGAUGGGAGGGUGUCGAUUAGUCUAUGGGUGAAAACAAUUAUAGGGUCCAUUGGGAGUUGUGAGAAUGGCCUCUCCACACGGGGAAAAAGAACUCGGCGGCGGCGUUUUUAUCUAAGGACCUGUCCUCUCUCGCCCUCCUUGACUAGUUUGGUCCAGCGGAGUCCAGGCGGGCGGCGGAUAGCAGGGGACAGGUAUACCUAUUUCAUCUGAUCUAGUGUGCGUACAGCUGGCUCGGCCGUGUCGAGCAUGUAAAUAUGAUUGAUGCCAAGGAUUUGGUUGUAGGUUAGGUUGGGUUAGGUAGUUUGGUUGUUUUCGUAUAUCGGAAUGGCGAUGACCUCACGCGAAGAUACCCGCCUUACCCUGUA